UCCUCAUCCCCUGCCUGUCCUCAACACUUAUCUGUCCCCAGCUGCGUCUGUCCCAGCCCUGUCUGUCCCCAGUUCUUCUCCCUUUCACAGCUCAGACAGUUAUAGUUAAGACGUGGUCCCAGGAAAAUUAUUAUUGGGUGAUAAUAAACAAUAUGGAAAGCGGUAGAAAUAACUGUCCUCUCCUGUGUGGGAGACUUGCAGAAGGCCAGGCACACGCCAGAGCUACCCACUGUUGGAGCAGGAUGCAGCAGGACCUGUGUGCCCCCAGCAGUGUGGCUUCCUCAGCACGAAGCCCUUAGGAUGGGUCCUUGCAGAGAAGUGGGUGCACUUGGGUGGAUUCUUGUGUGUGUGGACAAGAAUGUGGCUUCUCCCAAGCUCUACGUGCUGGAGCCAUGGAUUGCUGACCUCUUGGUGAAUUACGAGCAAGUGGAUGAGCGUGAGAAUUACCUGGCUGGGCAGGUGGUGCGGGUCUUGAGUGACUCAGGUGCAGCUGGCCAGCCUGGGCUGCUCCAGGACGCCGUGGUGCAGGUCUCUGACGGAUCCUGCUACAUCCGUGUGGUCAUUACAGCCGAAGCUCUGCAGGCAGAGGAAAACGCCCACCUGCAGCUCAGGCUUUCCAGCCUUAAUUGCAGAAUCAUUGUCCUGCAGAAGUACACGGUGUGUUUUCAGGACGAGACCAGGCUGGAGGACUGCGAGUUUUACCUCACGGCCCAGCAGUUCAUCGUGCUGCCCAUGCAGAGGCAGAGGAUGGAGUCAUCUGAUGGGAACCAGGACCCCUCUGUGGUGAAGAAGAUAAAGGAGCUCUGGCUGAAGAAUCUUGCUGUGAGGAAUGCUCCCAGCUCAGACCCCUCUGUCUCUCAGCUGAUUGACGCCAUCGGACAGAACCAGCUGGAGAUUUUGAAGGAAAAUGCUGAGGAAUGCUUGGAUUUACGGAAAUCAAAGGAGAAGCCAGGGUCAGUGGAGGACGAGGUUCCCAUCACCCAGUGGGAGGCAGAGCGCAAGAAGGAGCAGGGUGAGGACGUUUUCAUGGUCCCAGUUAGUGCCCUGGUGAUCCCUCCUGAGGAGGAUGAAGUUGUUUGUGACUCUUCAGAGGCAGUGUCUGCAGGGUACACAGAUACAAGCCAAGCAGCUCCUGGAAAGAGUAGUGAUGACAGGACAGUGCCAGGAGAGCCGAGUGUUGUAUCUCAAAUCAGCUCCUGUCUCCAUAGCAGCAGUGCUCCAGCCCUUGGAUCGUCCUCAUGGCCUCCUAUGAAUGCUCCAGAUCCCAUCCAGCCUUUAGUUUCCUCUACAGUUGGCUCAGCCCAUCUCCCUGGAUUGAGUGGAGGAGGUGCUGCAUCACCAACCUUGUCAGAUAGCCUGGAGGGAUCCCUGGACAACCCCUGGAACGGGAUGCCCUCGUUGUCUUUGACCCCAAGCUCUUCAGAUGAGAAGACCUUUCAACCUGACCCUCCCCUGAAGACCCAGAAAGAUGUGGCUGCUGACAGCAACACCACUGACCUGUUGGAAGUUUGUAGCCAGAGCUCUCCUGAGGGCUCACCCCAGGGAGGGCCAGCACAGACCUCCUCUCCCUCCCUGCUCCGCUGCUACGGCAAUCCCAGUCCAGCAGAGAUCAGCACCAGUGAGGCAGCAUCAGCUGCAGAGGCAGCCUGGGGUGCCCUGUGUGCUGAUCAAAGCCUGCAGCGACCCAGGGGCUCUCAGGCCACCCUGCCCACUCUUUCUCCAGUUUUUCCAGUCUUGCCCAGCAGCAGCUUGCAAUUGCCACCUGGCAGGAUUCCUCACAGGGAGCAAGCCUGCUCCAGUGGCACAGCUUCCUCUACAGAGGCAUUGAAGCCUGGACUGGCUCACACCAGGACAAAGGGAGGAGAAACUGUGGGUGCCAAGAGGAAGGUGGUGGAGGAAGAGGAGCAGGCCUCCAGUGGGCAGCAGCAUCUCCCAGGCACCUCAAAGCGCAGGGGGAGAGACAGAGGCAAGAGAUUGGUGCUCAUGAGCUCACAGGGUGCAAAGAAGAGCAGAAAGGAGACAGGGCUGCGGCGUAGAAAGGAGCUUGAGGAGGAGGAGGAAGAGGAGGAGAAAGAGAAGGAGGAAAUGGAGAAGGACGAGGAGGAAGAAGAGCAAGCAUCCCCUGCAAGAGCUGGGCCCAGCUCCAGGCCGGAGGAGAGCAGAGCUCCAGAGCCGCUCGUGGAGAGACCACCCCAGUACCAGUACGAGGCACCGAGCCCCGAGCUCUGCCAGCAGGUACAAUCUAUCAGGAUCUCAAAGGCCAUGCUGAAGUGGGCAUGCUGGAUACUGGCUGAGGAGGAGGACUCCUGAGCCCAUCUUUCAUUCCUUUGUUUCUUCAAUGGGUUUGUCAAAACACUAGGAAGAGUGGUUGGGGGAGGGAUGUGGGGAUGCAAGAAGCCUCUCCCAUCUCUUCAUCCUUUUCAAAUGCCUUGUCCCAGCAAGUGGGGACAAGAGGUGACCCAGUGCCACCAUAGCAGCAAUGGCAGAGGCCCCACAACCUGAUCCUGCUCCAAAGGUACCCCAGGAGCUUGGAUGGUUUAUUUAAUAAGUUUGGGUAGGGUCCUGCACUGUUUAUUACAAAAAAUAUCCCGCAGGGUUAUGCUGUAGAAAUUAAAAAUUGUAUAUUUUUUAAAUACACAGCUCUUGUAUUAAAAAAAAAAAAAAGAAAAA